AUGUUCGUAUUUUUAGUGGACAGAUUGAAAAAGAAAGCCUUGCUUCUCUUUGAGAUCAAGAAGCAAGAAAGGAAUGAGAUCCUUGAUGCUACAAAGAUGGACAAGCAGAAUAAUUACACUAGGGUGACAGAAUUCAUCUUGCUCAGAUUCACUGAUGAUCCCAAGGUGCAGGUUGCCCUCUUUCUCCUGUUUCUAGUCAUCUAUGUUAUCACUGUGGCUGGAAGCCUUAGCCUGAUUGUGCUGAUCAAGACUGACUCCCAUUUUCACACUCCCAUGUAUUUCUUCCUCUGCCACUUGUCAUUCACAGACCUCUGGUAUACCUCUGCUAUAGCCCCCAAGAUGCUGGUGAACUUCUUGGUAGGUAAUAAAACAAUCUCUUAUGCCGGCUGUGCUGCUCAGUUAUUCUCAUUUGCUGCUUUUGUGAGUACUGAGUCUUUCCUUUUGGCUGUGAUGGCAUUUGACCGCUACAUGGCUAUUUGUAACCCACUCCUGUACUCUGCUGCCAUGUCCCAAAGAAUGUGCAACUGUCUGCUUGCAGGAUCAUAUGCAGCUGGAUUUGUGAACUCAGCACUGCAGACAUUGUAUACUUUCAGAUUACCCUACUGUAGACACAACAUCAUCAGACAUUUCUUCUGUGAUAUCCCUAAACUUCUGAAGCUUUCCUGCUCUGAAAUCUUCGUUUCAGAGACUCUGACAGCCUUUGCAUCAGGAACAGUUGUUAUGACCUCUGUUCUAGCCAUUAUCAUCUCUUGCAUUUUAUCUGCCAUCCUGAAGAUACACUGUACCAAGGGUAGGUGCAAAGCCUUCUCCACCUGUGCUUCUCACUUAACAUCAGUGGCUUUGCUUUAUGGAACUGGGACCUUUAUCUAUAUACAUCCUAAUCUGAAAUCUGGACUAGACAGUAGCAUGGUGGUUUCUGUGGUCUACACACUAGUGAUACCCAUGCUGAACCCCUUAAUCUAUAGUUUGCGAAACAAAGAGGUAAAAGAGGCGAUUAGAAAAGCCACAGCAGGAAAGAAAAAUAAUCUCCCUUCCAAAAGCAUUGGGGGAAAAUAUGGCAACUAG